AUGGUGGUGGAUCAGUCAAGAAUUGAGCCCUUCCAAUUGAAUAAUCCUAAGGUGGAAAUUGAGAACUGCAUUGUAAAACUGAAUAAGUUCGGAAAUGAGGUGAAGUCGUUAGCCGAAGAAAAGGGCACCUACUCUAACAGUAUCAUAAUAGCAUCAUUGACACCUAAUCUACAAGAGCAACAUGAGAAUUUGGAUGCUAGUUCUAUUAUCACAAAUCUCAAAAAACUCUUCCAAAAGCGUGCAAGACACGAGCGAUACGAGGUGUCAAAGGCAUUGUAUAGAUGUCGAAUGGCUGAGGGAGUCAUAGUUGGCCCACAUGUUGUCAAGAUGGUUGGCUACAUUCAAAGGCUUGAGACUUUGGGAUUCAUCAUGGAUGCAGAAUUGUCUAUAGACCUUGUUUGGCAAUCCUUGCCUGAUUCGUUCUCCUAA